AUGAGAGGCAAAGAGGGAAAGACUCGACUCAAUCACUCCAUUCCUCACAUGCAUUACUGGAUCCUCUGUCCACACGAGUCGACUCUUCAUGUCAUACAACGAGUCGAAAACAAUGGCAAAAAUGGGUGCAAUCAGUGGUCACACCCCCACCCGUGCGGACGCACCCGACCAGCGAUACCCGUUAGCCCCGAACUCGAGCGGGAACUGACACCAUAUGACUAUCGCCGGGAACUACAAUGGCUGAGACGAGUGCUACCCGAGUGCGGGUCACCCGUAGUGUUUGCGCACAACGAUCUCACGUAUAGUAAUAUACUGAUACCGGACGACCCGCUGGCCUUCGAGGACGGGCUACUGGCCAUUGACUACGAGUUCGCCGCUUAUAACUACCGGGGCUUUGACUUUGGCUCACAUGUCAUGCAAAGCGCCACUCGUUUGACGCCAAUUGAGUUCAAUACCGAUUACCCGUACUUUAGGGUAGACUUUGACGCCUAUCCGACCGAUGAGGAGAAGCGACACUUUGUUUGCCAUUAUAUUAAACAUUCACCCGAUUUGAGCGCCGGGAAGGAGACGGAGGACCAGUUGAUCCGUGAGGCCGACUAUAACUCUUUGGUUGCGCACCUGAUUUGGGCCGUACGACAGGCGCGUACAUCGCAACAGGCUUUUGGUUAUUGGUUUUUGCAGCCAAAUUAUUUAACCUGGUUAUUAACUUAUAUAAACUUUAUAUUUAUUAUUAGUGGCGGUUAUAGUAAUCAAAUAUAUUACUGUUCACUACCUGAGGGUCGGGAGCCGGUGGCCAAUGAGCCGAAACAUGUGUUGUUAAGACUGUAUGGCAUCGGGACUACAAUCCCGGGCGACGACUAUAAGGUAACCGAUAGUCUCAUAACAUUGCUAUUGUCUGAACGGGGUUUGGGUCCCAAACUGUACGGUGUUUUCCCUGGCGGCCGACUCGAGGAGUUUAUACCCGUAACCCCAGAGCUGAAGGACAGAGAAUUGAUGGCCAAAAUUGCCAAAAAGUUGGCCGCUAUCCACACAUUGGAUGUACCCAUAGAUAAACAACCGGACUUUCUAUUCACCACGAUGGAAAAAUGGGUGACAGAAGUACUCACACCCACCGGUUCGGACGCACCCACACAACGAUACCCGCGCCCCGAACUGGAGCGGAAAAUGACAACAUAUGACUAUCGCCGGGAACUACGAUGGCUGAGACGAGUGUUACCCGAGUGCGGGUCACCUGUAGUGUUCACUCACAACGAUUUGGCGCCGGGAAAUGUCCUGAUAUGUGACGACCCACUGGCCUAUGGGGGCGGCGAUGGCCUACUCAUCAUUGACUACGAGUGGGCCGCCUAUAACCACAGGGGCUUUGACUUUGCCACACAUUUCACUGAACACCUGUACGACUAUUCGGCGCCCGACUAUCCGUACUCUCGGGUAGACUUUGACGCCUAUCCGACCGAUGAGGAGAAGCGACACUUUAUGUGCCAUUAUAUCAAAUAUUCACCCGAUUUGAGCGCCGGGAGGAAAACUGAGGAUCAGCUGAUUCGUGAGGCCGACUAUUACUCUUUGGUAGCGCAUCUGAUUUGGUCACUUUGGGCCGUACGACAGGCGCGUACAUCGCAACAGGCUUUUGGAGAACUCGAAGGAUAG